AUGUCUUACUUUGGCCGUGGAACUAGGCAGGUUUCCUCCUCUCGCUGUGGUGGGGCAUCUAUGAAGCUUUCUAGCUGUGGAGUUUAUGGCUUGGGUGGAGGAUCCAGCACAGGAAGCUUUGGCAGUGGGACAACCUGGGGUGCUGGAUCAGGAUGGGGUGGCCUUGGAGGUGGAACUGGUGCUUGCUUUCCUACCUGCAUAGCUUCUGGCCCUGCUGGCAAUGAUGGCGGACUUCUCUCUGGUGGGGAAAAAGAAACCAUGCAGAACCUAAAUGACCGUUUGGCUUCCUACCUGGCUAAAGUGCGUGCUUUGGAGGAGGCCAACAGUGACCUUGAAUUAAAAAUCAGAAACUGGUAUGAGAAAUCUGCACCGCACACUGAUGGAGGACUCCAUGACUACAGCAAAUAUUAUGCCUCUAUUGAUGACCUGCGAAAUAAGAUCAUUUCAGCAAACAUUAACAAUGCCAGCAUUAUCCUGCAGAUAGACAAUGCCAGGCUAGCUGCAGAUGACUUCAAAAUGAAAUAUGAAAAUGAGCUGUUCCUUCGCCAGAAUGUUGAGGCAGACAUCAAUGGUCUACGUAAAGUACUGGAUGAAUUGACUCUAUCUAAGAGUGAUCUAGAAAUGCAGAUUGAAAACCUGGUUGAAGAACUGGCUUUCCUCAAGAAGAACCAUGAAGAGGAAAUAAAAGGGCUGCAAGGCACUGCUUCUGGGAAUGUCAGUGUUGAAAUGAAUGCUGCCCCGGGAAUUGACCUGACCACACUUUUGAACAAGAUGAGAGCAGAGUACGAGACUCUGGCAGAGCAAAAUCGCCAAGAUGCUGCAACUUGGUUCAAUGAAAAGAGUAAAGAAUUAAACAUGACAAUCAAUGUGAGUGCCAAGGAGACCAGCACCAACAAGAGCGAGAUUGCAGAGCUGAGACGCACCCUUCAGGGUUUGGAGAUAGACCUGAAAACUCAACUUAGCUUGAGGCAUUCGCUUGAAGACACUCUGGCAGAGACGGAAGGCCGCUACUGUGUCCAGCUCUCACAAAUACAAGGGCUGAUCAGCAAUGUGGAGAACCAAGUGCAACAGAUCAGGGAGGACAUGGAGUGCCAGAAUGCAGACUACAGGCAACUCCUGGACAUCAAGAUCCGCCUUGAGAAUGAGAUUGACACUUAUCGGCGCCUGAUUGAUGGAGAGGCAAGAGACAGCAGAGAACUGGGAGCACGAAAUCUGGGAUCUGGAACAGGUUCGGGAUUAAGAGCUAGAGACACUGGCACAGAAUCCAGUUCUAGAGGAAUGGCAGCUACAAGCACUGAUUCCACAUCCAGAGACAAAGAUACAAGGAAAACUAGAGUGAUUAAAACAAUCAUUGAGGAAGUAGAUGAGCAUGGACGAGUGACAUCCUCCAAGGUGCAGUCUGUCGAAGAAAACCCAGUGAUAUAAACAUCACAAUUUUAUGCAGAGGCAUAAACACUGUUCAUGUUGCAGUGCAAGAAGAAUCAGCGUACCUUUUACAUUAAUGUGCUAACGUACGAAGAAACCAAUGGAAACCUUUCUUUCCCUUAAGAUGACAUCUGCUUAGACAUUCUGAUCUCUCUCCUUAAAAUUCUGUUACAUUGAAAGUAGGUGCCGUCUCUAAUGUUUCCAAGUUAAUAACAGCUUCUAUUCCUGCAAUUACCUUAAAAUUGCCUUGAUUAUUCUUAA